AUUAUCGCUUUGAAAAUAUUUCUGGUUUCGCUUCUGCGUUUAAAGUAAUUUAGAAAGACUCGAUCCUCAUGGUCUGGUGACGUCAAAAGAUAUGACUAGGAAAUAUCAGGAAUGAAAUCAAUUUCAUGUGACAAGUCUUGGAAUUUAUUAUAAACAAAUUGCAUGAGUGGAAGUUUGAAUAAUUACCGAGAACUGUGGAGCUUCACGUAUUCUAAAACAGAGACUUUUUUUUUUAUUGAGCUACCUCUUUGAUUAGGAUCGCUGUUUCCUUACUUGUUAUUAAUCCAUAUUACGGACACCACCUGCUUUAACCCAUGUAAGCAGAAGCUAACGAGUAGGCAUCAAAAGGAGCCUAUUAUUUCCCGUGGUCAGAAAAGGAUACACAGAGCUGAAAAUCCUUAGACUACAAAAAUGACAACAGAAAAAACUGAAAAACAACCACAUACGAAUAGUAUUGAAAUGCUUUUGACCAAGAAAGGUGACGGGGACGUAGACAUUCCCUAUAAACCAUUAAACCAAGACAAAGUGUGUAUACGAAAGCCGAGUUCUUCUUCUUUAAAUAAUUCAAAUUCACCCAAUUUGGCGAGACUUCAGAUUCCCGGACAAUCAAACAGACCAAGCGGAAAUGUCGGACGUCGAUGGCGCAGUAUUCGCCAUGCUGUGCGUGUUACAAACGCUGCGGUGUCAAUGAAAAAAGGUCUGAAUAGAGAUGAUUCUUUCUUGAAGAAAUUUUCAACCAGGCAGCCUUACCGCGCCGACUCUGUAGGAACCAUUGACGAACAAUUAGAAAACAACCAAACUCAAAUCGAAAGACGUUCUAAGCAUUUGUCCGUGCUCCAACCGGACGGCAAUCUCAUGUUCUACUGGUUAUGCGUGUUAACUCUUUCUAUUCUUUACAACCUCUGGACAUGCAUCGCGCGGGAAGCUUUUCGAGAAAUUCAAGAGAAAAACAUGAUGGUAUGGAUAGGGUGUGAUAUUUUUUGUGAUAGUAUCUAUGUAUUCGAUAUUUUUGUGCAGAUUCGGACUGGAUAUUUAGACAAGGGCAUUAUGGUCUACAAUUCCAAAAAACUUCUAAUGAGAUAUGUACGGACAAAAGACUUGGUUCUUGAUCUCGCAUCUUUAACCCCUCUGGAUUUCCUCCAGUUCAGCAUUGGAGUUCAUCCUAUGUUGCGUUUUCCAAGAUUCCUAAAAGUCUAUCGAAGUUUUCGUUUUUUGCACUUGCUGGAAACACGGACUCACUUUCCGAAUUUUUUCCGAGUGGCAAACCUGACGCACAUACUGUUUUUGGGAUCGCAUUGGUUUGCAGCUUUCUACUAUUUGAUAUCUGAAGCAGAAGACUUCGAAGGCGAUUGGUCCUAUCCCAGACCUGUGGGACAGUUUGCAUCAGUGACCCGGAAGUACUUAACCUCGCUGUUCUGGUCUACACUGACCCUGACAACCAUUGGGGAUCUCCCUCCUCCCGAGUCUAACUGGGAGUACGUGUUCGUCAUCGUCAGCUAUUUGAUUGGGGUCUUCAUCUUCGCCACGAUCGUUGGACAAGUGGGAAACGUGAUUACGAACAGGAACGCGAGUAGACAGGAGUUUGAGAGAUUGUUGGACGGGGCAAAGUUAUACAUGAGGAUGCAUAACGUACCACAAGAUGUCCAAAAACGAGUUCAGAGGUGGUACGAUUACGUGUGGACUCGGGGUAGAAUGAAAGGUUCAGAUAUCAACUCUCUGGGUUUACUUCCGGACAAGCUGAAAACUGAGCUGGCAAUACAUGUCAAUUUGGAAACCCUUAAAAGGGUAACCAUCUUUCAAGAAUGUCAGCCGGAGUUUCUGCACGAUUUGGUUCUGAAGAUGAAGGCUUACAUUUUCACCCCGGGAGACCUGAUAUGUCGCCAAGGCGAGGUAGCCAGGGAGAUGUUCAUCAUAGCAGACGGCUUGGUGGAAAUUAUAAGUGAAAGUGGAACCGUUCUGACCAAAAUGGAAACUGGAGACUUUUUUGGAGAAAUUGGAAUAUUAAAUUUAGAUGGAGGAAUCAACAGGAGAACUGCCGAUGUGAAAUCGGUGGGUUAUUCUGAGCUGUUUGUUCUCUCCCGUGAAGACGUGUUAGAGGCACUCAAAGACCAUCCAGAAGCAGAGCGAGUCAUUCGAGAAUAUGGACAACAAAGACUCAAGGAAAUAGAAGUUCAUCGACAAAAAAUGAAGUUUUCUGUUUCCGAUUUUCAAACGAAAUGGUCACCGAACUCCCCUGCUCGAUACCUCCGCGGAAGCCCGAGUCAACAGAUACGGGUGUCUAAAAGCAAAAAAGCCCCAGGUGUUUUGAUAAACAAUGUAGGUAAACGAAAGAGUAGAAAAAAGAAAUUCCUCGGUGCCAUGAAAGAGCUGGCGAUGAAAACGGGGUACAAAGGAGGGUCGACACAAAAUGAUGAUAGUACUGAAAUGGAUCAGGCAGAUCAACAGGACUGCUGGCCAGUUAUCGCAAAGCUUCCUCAGGGUGAUGUUAUAGCUAUUAAAGAAAAUCUUAAGCCAAGAAAAUUCAGUUUUCCAACCAUUGUUGAAAAAGCCAUGGAGGCAAAUAAGAGGGGAUUGUUAAAUAGUGAGAAGAACAAAGUGUCUGAUGACUUAGCAGGUGUUGCAAAGAGUGCAGACUCCAGCUCAAAACAAUGUGACUUGACAAUUAAUAGAAAUGCUCAAGAAGGUAGUAUAGGAUACACAAAUCAGCACCCCCAAAACUCGGUCGCAAAUGAUGGUUCAAAUCAUCUACUGACAAAUAGAUUGAAUCAAAGUUUUACAACGUUAAAUGAACAAAGUGUUAACAGUUCCACAAUAAGUGCCAAUGAAACCCACCAAGAAACCUUGCCAGUUCGUGUUGAUACACACAGUUUGUCCUCUGAAGUGUUUCAAUGUCAGUGUUCAACAGCAAAAUUCAGCGAAACAUUGGAUAAUGUGAGUUCACACUUAAAAAGUUUAAAUGAACUUAUGGUAAUGCAAAUGAAAUUUCUGGAGGAAAUUCGGAACAACCAAAUAAGAGACAUUAAAGUGUUUAAUGAAGAUCAAAGUGACGUUUAUAGUAAAAGUCAAGAAACUGACCAUGAAGAUAUCAAGGGAAGUGAGAGAGCUGAGGAAGAGGAGGCAAGGCUAGUCGAAUGUGAUAGUAUCGAGGAAGAAGAAAGCAUGGACAACGCCAAACCAGCUAAUGAAGUAGAUGAAUCGGAGGAAACAUCAUCAGAACCGAACAUUACGACAAGUCUAUAAUCAAGGAAAAGAUCUCUAUUCCGAUAUCAUUUUAUUGAAUUUAUAUUGUAGGUUGCUUAAUUAAGUCGAUGACAGCUGAAAAUCGAUAUUAUUAAUUAAUUAACUGUAUGAAUGAAAAGAUCUUCUUGCCAAUUUGGCCAUGCUUUGAAAGUGUAGAUACUUAAAUUAUACUACAGGGACUUAUUUUGUAUUUAUGUUUCAAUUGUUGACACCAGGAACAAAAAAAUGUAGUUUUGGAUUAAGUAAAAUUCUGUAAAUUGUGAAUAAUGCUUGAAUGUUAUUUAUCAAACUCUAAUAUAUCUUUCAUCUCUGUCAUGUGCAAAAUGUUAAAUUUGUAAUAUUUGAACUACUGGAACCAUGCCUUUGUUUAAUUUUACAGUACUUUAUAUUGUAAAACGAAGUAGACAUAUA